AUGCGCACCUCGCCCAACAUCAUCAUCACCGGCACCCCCGGCGUCGGUAAAACCGUCCACUGCGAACAACUUGCCCAGGACACCGGGCUAAAACACUUGAGCGUGAACCAGAUCGCCAAGGAGCGCGACUGUUUUGAUGAAUAUGAUGAGGAGCGCAAGAGUUGGGUCGUUGAUGAGGAUAAGCUGCUCGACGCGAUCGAAGACGAAGUGCUCCAAGGUGGCUACCUGAUUGAUUGGCAUGCCUGCGAUCUGUUCCCCAAGUCAUGGAUUGAUCUGGUUGUUGUUGUGCGGUGUCCCGAGACGUCCUUGCUAUAUGAUCGAUUAAGCUCAAGAGGAUAUCACGAGGAAAAACUCCAAGAGAACCUCGACGCAGAAAUCUUCGGCGUUCUGCUAGAAGAAGCACGCGAAGCAUACGAUGAGGAAAUUGUCGUCGAAUUGAACAGUGAAAAGGACGGCGAUGUCGAUAGUAAUUGUGCGCGGAUCGCCGAAUGGAUCGAGAAUUGGAAAAAGGAGCAUGCGGAGGGUGAUGAAGAGUGA